AUGGUGGGCACUCCGUCCUCGCCGGUGGUGAACGUGUACCCGCUCGCCAACUACACGUUCGGCACCAAGGAGGCCAAGAUGGAGAAGGACACCUCCGUCGCCGACCGCCUCGCUCGCAUGAAGGUCAACUACAUGAAAGAAGGAAUGCGAACAAGUGUUGAAGCAAUCCUAUUGGUGCAAGAGCACAACCACCCCCACAUACUGUUGUUGCAAAUUGGAAACACAUUUUGCAAACUUCCCGGUGGACGGUUGAAGCCUGGAGAAAGUGAAAUUGAGGGCCUGAAAAGGAAGCUGUGCAGCAAGCUUGCAGUUAACUCACCUUCCUUUCCACCUAACUGGCAGGUUGGAGAGUGUGUUGCUGAAUGGUGGAGGCCAAACUUUGAAACCGUGAUGUAUCCUUACUGCCCUCCACAUAUAACAAAGCCCAAGGAGUGCAAGAAGCUUUUCAUUGUUCACCUAACUGAAAGGGAGUAUUUCGCUGUUCCAAGGAACUUGAAGCUACUUGCUGUUCCACUGUUUGAACUAUAUGACAAUGUUCAGCGGUACGGACCAGUGAUUUCCACCAUCCCGCAGCAGCUGUCCAGGUUCCAGUUCAACAUGGUGAGCUCGUAA